UGGCCGCGUUCGACACGUAGGCAAUACAAAUGUUUUCUUAUUCAAAUUAUACCCGGCCCUUUAGUCCACUUUCUAUGCGCACUUGCCCCGUGGCAACCCCGCCGAACCGCGCAACGCUGUGAAGCCAAACAGACCUCACAUUACCGAGACAUAUGGUUUUAAAAGGAUGCAGUAAUUUUUGAAUUCACUUCGGUAAGACGAAAAUAUAGUUAGUCAGAUGCAAAAUUUACAGCGCCGUCACAAGUUCCAUCAUCUCAUAUUUAAAAAUCAAAUGUCAAGAGAUAUCAGAGAGCCAUACGAGCAUUACAUCUUGACUGAGAACAGUUUACAUGGCGAGACCAUGUUUGGGGACGUUGUUUAUUGGCCUGUGCUUUGGAAUUACAGGACUUCUGGUUUUAUGGACUUAUGUGGCAAAUAAAGAAGAGAAACAUCCUUCAACCAGCUUUUUGUUUCAGCACUUUUCAAAACUUUACAACUCCAGAAUCUCCUCCACCUCUCCUGCAGAUGUUCAGCUAGAAAUCAGUUCAGAAGACUCAGAGUCAAGUUCAAGUUCAUUUUACUCAGAAUUUGGAAUCAGUUCAGAAAGUUACUCCAGUUUACAGCAGACUCUUUACUGGGCUGGACCAGACAGAUCAAUUACAAAUGUGUCUAUGAGUACAAGUCCAGAUCACUCCACUUUCAUCAUUCAGAACCUGAAAGACAGCUACCAAAUAGGGGAGGAGCUUUUUGUUACUAUCCAUGCCAGAGACUUUAACAAUAAAUCUAAACGUUAUGGAGGGGAUUUCUUUCAAGCAAAGCUUUUCUCAUCCGAAAGUCCCCAAAAGGCCAGUGUGUUUGGGGAGGUGGUGGAUUUGCUCAACGGUUCCUACUCUGUGCGUUUUCUUCUGCCGUGGGUUGGAGAGGCACAGGUGGCUGUGCGUCUGAUUCACUCCAGUGAAGCUGUGCAGGUCCUCAAGCAUCACAGAGCCACUGAUUCUGACAGAGUGUCUUUCCAUGGAUAUUUUGAAGGACCAGGACCGAAUGGGACCAGACUGAAAGAAAGAGUGUUGUGCAAUGUGAAGUCAGACAAGAAUGGACUGGAGAGGAUCAAAAAUGGAGAUUGUUGCUGUGAAUACAAAGAUUCUCGCACUGGAGAAGAAUGGCGCUGUCAGAGACCCAAAUCACUGCCAUGCAGCGCUCGUGUCUAUCACUCUAUUGGAGUGUAUAUCAACUACAUGACUGCUGAAGAGGAAAUGUUUUUGAAUCCAAGCAACAAGGGUAUCAGUGGACUAAAAAACACAACAAUCAAGAUUCUUCCCUCUAACAGGAGUGCAGAAAUUGAUGUAACACAGAAAUGUCGCCCUGGUUUGCAUACACCAGUUCCUGCUGGCUUUUACCUGAAUGAUGUUUGGACAUCUUUUGUGUGUAGCACACAUCAUUUUACUAACCAAACAACAACACAGUGUUUAAAAGACAAACACAUCUACAUGAUGGGAGACUCGACCUUGAGACAGUGGUUUGAGUUACUGCUGAAAGUUAUACCAACUUUGAAGGAGAUAAACCUGCAUGUUCUACAACCGGCAGGUCCUCACUUAGCAGUGGAUGUUGAGAACAACAUUGAUGUUCACUGGAGGCAUCACGGUCUUCCUGUCCGCUGUCAGAAAACUGAACUUACUAAUCUGCACUACAUCAGUAAUCAGAUUGAUGAUCUCAAUGGAGGACCUCAUUCUGUGUUUGUUAUUCACCUGGGGAUCCACUUUGCGACAUUUCCUCUAGAUUACUUCACCAAAAGAGUGCUGAGGACGCGCAAAGCUGUGCUAGAUUUGUUACAGCGGGCACCAGAGACUACUGUUAUAAUCAAGACGGCCAACACUGGUUUUAAGGAUGUGUUUGGCAGUGACUGGUAUGUCCAGCAGUUGGACACAAUUCUACGGUGGGCUUUUCAGAAUGUUGGUGUUUAUAUUAUGGAUGUGUGGCAAAUGACAGCUUGUCACUACAGUGAAGAGAACAUUCAUCCAGGUGAAGUUAUCCUCAAAAAUGAGAUUGACAUUUUACUAUCUUUUAUUUGUCCUCCAUGAACUUUUUAAAAGUAAUGACAAAGUCAAAGGAUAACCUGUUUUGUACUUUAUUUUCUUAAACGAUAAAAAAAUCGGGCAGGAAAAUGGGUGAAUAUAAAAAAAAUGGGGGUGUGUAAAAAACAAACAUAUUGGAUUAUAUUGACUAUAAAUUUGAUUAUUGAAUAAAUAAACAAAAUAACUAUUUUUUCAUUUUAAUUUGGAUAGAUAAUGAUAAUAACUUGCAUAGAUCAUGCUUUUGAGCAAAAAAGCAAGCGACAUGCAGAAAAUGUUAGAUACAUCAUUCAAAUAUAGACAAAUUCCGAUUUGUUUCUUAAUUUGUGAAGAGAAUCAAAGAGUUCACGUGUGUGUAAAUUAACAACUAUGCCACCUUAGGGUGAUGUAAGCAGGAGUUUGAUUGUUUGGAACUUUGUCAAUAAAGCAAAACAAGGUUUGGUAUUUACAGCAAUUGUCUGACAUAAAUCAAUCUCCAAUGGAUGGUGGUUAAGCAGCAAUGUUUCUGUAUAGCUCAGUGGUAGAGCAUUGUAUUUGCAGUGCAAAAUGUCAUGGGUUUGAACCCGAGUACUGUACAAUAUACACUCACCGGCCACUUUAUUAGGUACACCCUUUCAACUGCGCGUUAAUGCAAAUUUCUAAUCAGCCAAUCACAUGGCAGCAACUCAAUGCAUUUAGGCAUGUAGACAUGUUCAAGACGAUCUGCUGCAGUUCAGACCGAGCGUCAGAAUGGGGAAGAAAGGUGAUUUAAGUGACUUUGAAAGUGGCAUGGUUGUUGGUGCCAGACGGGCUGGUCUGAGUAUUUCAGAAACUGCUGAUCUACUGGGAUUUUCACGCACAAAUAUCUCAAGGGUUUACAGAGAAUGGUCCGAAAACGAGAAAAUAUCCAGUGAUUGGCAGUUCUGUGGGCGCAAAUGCCUUGUUGAUGCACCAGGUGGAUCACCAGGUACCACUCCUGACAGCUAAGAACAGGAAAGUGAGGCUACAAUUCACACAGGCUCACCAAAAUUGGACAAUAGAAGACUGGAAAAACGUUGCCUGGUCUGAUGAGUCUUGAUUUCUGCUGCGAUAUUCGUCAACAACAUGAAAGCAUGGAUCCACCCUGCCUUGUAUUUAACGGUUCAGGCUGGUGGUGGUGGUUUUAUGGUGUGGGGGAUAUUUUCUUGGCCUGUUUGGGCCCAUUAGUACCAAUUAAGCAUUGUGUAUUGUUUCUGACAAUGUUCAUCCCUUUAUGACCACAGUGUACCCAUCCUCAGAUGGCUACUUCCAGCAGGAUAAUGCCCCAUGUCAUAAAGCGCAAAUCAUCUCAGACUGGUUUCUUAAACAUGACAAUGAGUUCACUGUACUCAAAUGGCCUCCCCAGUCACCAGAUCUCAACCCAAUAGAGCAUCUUUGGGAUGUGAUGGAACGGGAGCUUCGUGCCCUGGAUAUGCGGCCGACAAAUCGGCAGCAACUGCGUGAUGUUAUCAUGUCAAUAUGGAACAAAAUCUCUGAGGAAUGUUUCCAGUACCUUGUUGAAUCUGUGCCACAAAGGAUUAAGGCAGUUCUGAAGGCAAAAGGGGUCCAACCCGGUACUACUGUAGUAAGGUGUACCUAAUAAAGUGGGCGGUACAAUAGUACAAUAUACUUGUAAUGUACUGUAAGUUGCUUUGGAUAAAAGUGUCUGCUAAAUGUAUAACUAUUUAUCAUUUUUUUGUAUUUGACAACCAGUGUCCUUUUGGAAAGCAGAAGCAUCUGUGUAUUCAGACUAAACUCUGUUGCGACCAGAUUACUGACCUAAAUUCACAAACACAUACAAUCAUUUUUGACAAUGCAAAUCUGUACAGUGGGUUUGAAAAGCUAUUUGGUCUUUUUGGGCUCUUGAAACAUACAGAUUUCCAUAAAAUAACAAAAUAUAUUACACCAAGUGGCAUCACAAACAAAUAGUUCUCACAGAUAAAUCGUUUGUUAAAAAAAUACCACAAUAUUAAAAAACAAAUGGAUUCAUUUUAUUUUCAUGGCGACUUUAAUACACACCCAUACACACUGGGGGAAGUGUAUGGGGCAAAAAAAGAUUAACAAUCUUUUUUACUAAAUUAAAAUCACUAAACGUUCCAUUUCGUGCAUAACCAAAUGUAAAAGUUAAGAAAAUAGACAAACAUAUACUGUACAGGCUGCCUAUUAGUUGUGAUUAGUAAACUGGUAAUAGCAUGUUAUGUAAUCAUAUUGAGGGUAUUAUGGUUUUGAAAAUUGUCAAAAACAAUCUCAAGCCCAUAUUUACAACACUACAAACUUAUUAGUAGUAUUCUAGUAAUAAUGAUAUGAAAACAUUUCCUGUUUACCUUUGCACAUAAGUCUGCACAUACAUUUCCAGAAGAGAUUAUUAGCCUUCAGCUAUUUGACUGAUUUAUGUUGACAUGAAUAAACGCAGGGCUUAAUGAAUAUUGCGUCCAUAUUUUAUCGAUUUCCAUUAAUUUGCGUUAAUAUCCGAACCGAAUGUAAAUUGAAAACAAAUAAUAAAAAUCAAGGUGCAUCCGAUAGUGACUUAGGCAGCUAUCCAUAUAAGUACAAAAUACUUUGUGCUGUUUCUUCAAAAUGUCAACCUGCGUGCUAAACCCCCAAUUCAGUUAAAUGUUUAUAAUUGUUAAAAAAUUAUGUAAGCAUUUUUAAUAACCAGUUCAUUAAUGCUUCAGCUUAAGAAUGACCCAUAGAGGGCACUGUUUCACAACAAACUGGCCAUUUGUGCAUUUACUAGUUGUACAUGGGUAUGCAUUUGUAUCAUAUGGUGUAAAUUUGAUUACAAUUGGCUUGCUGUAGUAUGAUUUUGGAAAUUCAGCCUCUCUUACAAGGCUAAAGCUCGAUAUUUAAAGCAACACAGCUUAAGGUAAACUAGCUUUUUGUAAACAUUUCUAUUCUGAUAAAACUUCUGUACUUAUUCUGAACAAAUGUGCACAAGCGAUGAAAGCAGGUGUUGUUUAUGCCAUCAAUACAGUAUUCUGUAAUGAAACUACAGUGUAUAAAUCUGUUAUUUAAACUGCAAUAAUCCUAAAAUGUAUAUAUCAGAAUUGUAUCAUUUCUAAAACUGCCCUUAAAGAGUAUGAAAUUAUAAUAUGGGCAGUCAUAGAUGGUUGUUUCUUUAAAUUACAUAAUUUCUAGGAUAUUGUAAUGUAAUAUAAAGUGAAUCUGCUGUAUUGCCAAUAUUACAACUCUUCCCGAUUAAAAUCCAAAUGGAAAUAUUCCAGAUUCUGGAGAGUCUGCCACCAUUGGCUU